AAUGUAAAUGAUACUAAAGUCGAGUUUAGUUAGAUUUCAUCGAUAAAAUUGAUUAAUAAUAUAAGUAGGGCACAAUUUCUGUAGACGAUACGAUUUUCCAUUUCCAUUUAACGUUAACUGUGCUCACAAAAUUGCUGAGGUUCACAUAUCAUACCGCUCCGACUAACGUAUAAAUACCGAUCGAACAUAUCCAUAUGGCAUCAGUCGUAUUAGCUAUCCAACCAACAUGAAAUCUACUUUGGUAAUCGCAUGCGUCCUGGCUGGAGUGGCUAUUGAUGUCAUCGCCUACCGAAUCAACAGCAAUGUACAGCAGCAACCGGAGAAUGAUCGGCAAUGGCUCGUUUCUGAGCAAGGGCAAUCCAACGACGGACCUUUCGACCUAGAUUCGAUUCUUUUGGGAAAAGUCGUCGUCGAACGGUUCAAUGGCCAAUUCAACAAGUACUUGAGCGGUGACAACACUGAGUCCAGGCCAUUGGUAGGCCGUACGGGACAAAACGUUCAGUACGACGAGUUCGACUACGGUUCAACCGGUGUCAACAGUGAUCGCCAACAACUGAAGUUCAAUAGUCAAAACCAAGCUCAUGACGGUCUUCAAAGAACAAUGACCACCACCACCACCACCACCACCACCGCAUCGGGUCUAGCCAUGAAAAUCGCAGAGAAAAUCGCCACUUUACAGAAAAUUGUCCUUAAUCAAAACGUUGUCAGAUCCACAGAACACUUGAACGGCAUGUUGAACAUCAACAAAAACGUAGUGAAAAUGUCCGAACAAAAAUUCGUCAACUUCUACAACACGACCAUGAAGAACUUGAAUAAUGGCGAUUUGGAAUACAUGUACAUAAACCUCGGCAAGGACAUGGUGUAUGUUCAAUACAAGUUCGACCGGAUCGAGACCACCGGAUCAUUCAAGUCCAACAUCGAAACCGCCAAACGUGGAUACUUCACUGUUGUGUUGAAGAAGGUGAACAGCAACGUAACUGUAGGAUUCGAAGACCGGCAUCACGCCAUUGUCCGACCAGCUAACUUCGAAUACGCCGACGUCGACUUCAAGACCGAAGAGGGUGCCGAGACCCGAGCUUUCGAUGAAGCUCUGGAGAACCAGUACUUGAGAGUGCUGACCGAUGCGGUGACCGGUGAAGUGUUCAGGUUCACCAACAGCGGGGGAAUGAUGGCCCAGAUCAAAAACGAAAUCCGCAAACCGAUAGUCAUGGCUUCACACAGCACAGCGAACAGCGAAGCCAAGUUAAUCGACUUGAGAUGGGAGCAAGAUGACCUCUCUAUGGAAAUGUCCAAUGUCGGAUACCUGAACGCGGAACAGGCAGCUGAAAAAUCAAUAUUCACCGCCAUGUUGGUCGACCGUCAAUCCGAAAACUCCUUUAGGACGCGUUACAACUUCACGUUGAACAAUUUGGAAUGGACAUCGGCCCUGACCGUCGUAUCGGCCGGCAAUAGGAUGACCGCUCGGAAUGUUCACUGCGAAAUCGAGAGCAUUAAAAUCCAAGUGACCCUUAACAAAUCUCUUGACCGAUCACAGUCGUACGACAAGUUCAACACCGAUGUCCACGUGAUGGGUCUCCGGUACAACUUGGGCAGCAACAAUGUGCAGUCCGAACUCGUUUCCAAGGUCGAGGAACACCUCCAACAUUUCAUCGAAAAAUCUUUGGAAUUCAACUUCCAACAGAUUUUGAGACAGAAAAUCUAAUACAAUUGCAACUAUUAAAUUACGUUAUUUAUUUAAAACAUAAUUUUUUACUUGUUGAAUAAUCUGAAUUAUCAAUAGAAAAUAUUAUUUUUCCA